CUACGGUCACUUUGGCUGGAUUGUAUUUUAUUUUGUGUGGUUUUGUUGUUGUUUUGUUUAUUAUGCAUUUCUUUUUUAUUGUUUGACUUAGUGAGUUGUGCGUCGGCAUUUCGGCAAUUGUGGUUAAAAAUUACAUGGCGGGAAUUAGAAUUAAAUAAACGAAGUUAACAAAUACCCAACAAAUGUGCAAUGUGCGUCAAGUCAAUAGCUAUACAAACGAACAAUUAUUGCUAACGUAAUCGGGCCAAGGCAUACAAACAAAAACAUUCCAUGCAUCAUCAGCAGCGCCUUCGGGCAAAUGGAGAACGCGGAGGUAAAGGAUCAGGAACAGGAUCGGCAGCACAUCCUCCAUUAUGUGCCCAUUGCCGAGGUCAACUGUUUCCGCAUCCGGAGGAGCCCAUUGUCAUGGCUUUGGGUCAACAAUGGCAUUGCGAUUGCUUUCGCUGUUCCGUUUGCGAGGGUCAUUUGCACAACUGGUAUUUCGAACGGGAGGGAUUACUGUACUGCCGGGAGGAUUAUUAUGGACGAUUCGGUGAUGCCUGUCAGCAGUGUACGGCCGUUAUUACCGGACCCGUUAUGGUGGCCGGCGAGCACAAAUUUCAUCCGGAAUGCUUUUGCUGCACAGCAUGUGGUUCGUUUAUCGGCGAGGGUGAAUCUUACGCUUUGGUCGAGCGAUCAAAGCUCUAUUGUGGUCAAUGCUAUGGCAAACGAUCCUGCCAGCCUGCGGAUGCCAAGGCGCGGAUCACUACGGCCGGCAAGCCAAUGCACUCCAUUCGACUGGUCGAGAUACCCAAGGAUGCCACUCCUGGUCUGCGAGUAGAUGGUGUGGCCCUGGAUGAUGGUUGCCCUACAGUUCGGAUUACAGACUUGUUCUGUAACUUCUUCUUUUGGCUAACUUCGAUGGCGGAACAGUGCUGUGGGGCGCCCUAUAGAAUUGAUGUGAAUCUUACGAACUUACACAUUGGCGAUCGCAUUCUAGAGGUGAAUGGUACUCCUGUUAGUGAUUCCUCCGUGGAACAAAUCGACAAACUUAUCCGGAGUAAUGAAAAGAUGCUUCAACUGACCGUGGAGCAUGAUCCGGUGCAAGUGUGCCGCUCCUGCAGCCAAGCGGAUAUCCAAAGGGCCAUGUCAGCAUCGACGUUAAUCCUACCGCUUAGUACUUCAGCUUCCAGUGUAGAGGUAGGCCGAGAGCGUCUGUAUAAAACACCCGGCGAACAAGGAACUAAGGCCAGGAAACUGCGACAAGCCACAAAUGCCUCAACCACAAUACCACCGGCAGCUGGAGCAGCCACCACAAUGACUCAGCUCAAAGAGAAAGAACGCUGCUCUAGUCUGUCCAAGCUGCUCGAUGAACAGCACCAGGCACAGCAGCACUCGGCACAUCCUCAGCUCUACGAUCUGUCCAGGACACAAUCCUGUCGUGUGGUCCAAAAACCUCAGAGAAUCUUUCGUGCAUCUGACCUGGUUAUAGGCGAAAAAUUGGGUGAAGGCUUCUUUGGAAAGGUUUUCAAGGUAACUCAUCGACAGAGUGGCGAGGUGAUGGUCCUCAAGGAACUGCAUCGUGCUGAUGAGGAAGCCCAGAGGAAUUUCAUCAAAGAAGUGGCCGUUUUGCGUUUGCUAGAUCAUCGCCAUGUUCUCAAGUUCAUUGGAGUGCUGUACAAGGAGAAGAAAUUGCAUAUGGUUACGGAAUAUGUGGCCGGUGGUUGUCUCAAGGAGCUGAUCCAUGAUCCAACUCAGAGCCUGUCCUGGCCGCAGCGUGUCUGCCUGGCCAGGGACAUUGCCUGCGGCAUGAGUUACCUGCACUCGAUGAAUAUCAUCCAUCGUGAUCUGAAUUCAAUGAAUUGCCUAGUGCGCGAAGAUCGAUCGGUUAUAGUGGCGGAUUUUGGUUUAGCUCGCAGUGUGGAUGCACCGCGGCUGCCUGGUGGAGUGACUACCACAGAUCGUGCUGGCAAUAUGACGCCCGGUGGCUAUGGCUCAGGAGCUAACAGCGAUGCGGCCAUGUCACCGAGUGGAACUCUAAGGCGCAGCAAGAGCAGGCAGCGUAGGCAACGAUAUACGGUGGUAGGGAAUCCCUACUGGAUGGCACCCGAAAUGAUGAAGGGCCUUAAGUACGAUGAGAAGGUGGAUGUUUUCUCCUUUGGUAUUAUGCUGUGCGAGAUCAUUGGACGCGUCGAAGCAGAUCCCGAUUUCAUGCCCCGCAACUCAGACUUUAGCCUCAAUCAGCAGGAGUUUAGGGAGAAGUUCUGCGCCCAGUGUCCGGAAGCAUUUGUCAAAGUGGCCUUCGUGUGCUGUGACCUCAAUCCGGAUAUGCGUCCAUGCUUUGAAACCCUGCACGUGUGGCUUUUGCGACUGGCCGAAGAUCUGGCCGCCGAGCGUGUACCACCAGAACGCCUGCUACACGAGAUCGAGACUUUCCAGGAGUGGUAUGGCAGCUCUGAGGAUGCCCUGUCACCUACAUCCCAGCGCAGCUUAAACAAUCUCAAUGAGCUGGUCAAGAAUGCUGUAACUGAACCGGACAUUUCACCAGUUGAAAAGGAGAAGGAAAAUCUGGUGAUUAAGCCGCAGGAUAUACCCAAAUCUCCACAUCUCGGCAAGGAUUUCUCGCCCAGCGGUGAGAGAUUGCGGGACAGUAUGCGGGCCAGGCGUCGUCAGCGUUUUUUGGGUGCCCAAGAGGAGCGACGUAAUCUCACGCCUGAAACGGAAUCCAAGGAAAGGGCUUUGAAAAAGGCGCUUAAGAAGUGUCGUCCUUUCGGAGAAAGAGGUUACUUGGUGGACCUGCGACCAGGUGCUGAACUGCAGCUACAGGAUGUAAGGGACCUAAAUACCUACUCCGACGUGGAUUCCAGUUGCGAUACAAGUUUAAAUUACCAAGAGGUUAACAAUCUGCCAACGGCACAGGAAGAUGAAAAUCCAGUUAAGUCCAGCAAAGAGGAACUGGAGGAGAGUGCAACCAGAACGGAUUCCCAGCACCACCGCCUGGCCAUUGAUGAUAUGCGCACGCGACUGAAUCAGUGUCGCAGCAAAUUCGAGCAUUUGGAGGAGGCUAGCCGGAGGAACUUUAAUCAAUCGCAACAUUCCAUGAAGAACUUCUUCAAAACCCCACCAGUGGCCCUUAAAAUGUUCCAGCGUUUGGAGCACGAGGCUGCAGCACUGAAUGGUGGCAACAAUUGUCCACCGCCGCCACCGCGCACCCAACGUAUCAAUCAGACGCCCAUUUUCGGCCGAAAGAAUCCACCGGUUGUAAUGGUGGGUCAAAAGCUACAGCAUGCUGAAUCCCUAGAGAACUUGGCCACCAGUGGUAUAAGCAAACAGUUGGCAACUCCAGCGCCCAAAAGAAGCAAGGCCACGGCGACGACAAAAAGCCAGAGCAGUAGUAGCAGCACUGCUGCCAGCAACCCGCCACUCUUCCUGCCACCCAGCAUUAGUACUAGUGUCACCUUAAACAGCAAUGGAAAUGUAACUACCAACAGUAGCAGUAGUAAUUGUCCUUCAUCCGCUCCAGACUGGCUACCCAAGAAGCACAAGCUAACGCUGCCACUUCCUCCGCAUUCACAAACAGCUCCACAGCUACUGCAGCAGCGAACGAGCAACAAUCACCGCCAGGCAAUAAGCAAUAACAAAGGAAAGCCAGUGAAGCCGCCGUCCAGUCGUACAGCAUCUCAAGGAAUCCCUGCCAGCAAUUGCGUCUCGCCCACCAGGAACAGCAGGCCCGGAUCCCCCAGCAAACAUCUGGCCCAGAGGCACACCGCCGCCACGGCCCAGCGAUUGACAAAUGCGGCCUCAAUCCACCAGCAACAGCAGCAGCAACAAUCCUCCAAAACGACCCGCCUGAACAUCCUUAGUCCAGAGAAGGUGCAUCGCCUGGGAGCCCGCCUCAGUGAUCAGAAGCAGAAAAUGCGCGAAGAGGCAGCUGCAUCGGCCUCAGCCGGCGGAGGAACAGGAUGUACGGCAUCAACAGCGCCGGGAUCCCUAAAUGGUCAUCGGACGGGUCCCUCCGGAUCAACAAAUCCGACGGGUGGUGAAAGGAGAAGGCGUGCAGCACCACCGCCGCCUGUUCGCACGCAUUUUAAUACGCGAUGCUAGCUACUAACUGCUAGCCUCUCAAUAUUCGAUUGUCAAGUAUUGUGCGCAGUUUUAGUGUUGUUCCACUCAGGGAGCUCUUGUUAGCAGCGUAAUGUUCUCAAUGUCUUAAAUAACCUAACUGUUGUAACUACGUAACUGUUGUAUUCGUAAUACCCUUCGCUUUUGCAUUGUACAGAAUUACCUAAAUACCUAUAUUUCUAAAUUUCAGUAACAUUUUCAUAACUCUUAACGUCAUAACGAAACAUAUGUAAUGCCUUUUAUAAUGUAAAUAACUUCGAUGAAAACCAGUAAACUGUUCCGCUGUUGUAAACGCAACUGUUAUACGCACAUGACAAGAUCAACAUUCCAACAAAAGUGUUUAUUUUUUUUUUAAUACAUUUUAUUUUAACAUUCCGUUUUUAUGUUGAAACUAAACGAAAGGUUAAGUGCCUGUUAAGAUUGAAAGAGAAAAAAACCAACAAGUUGCAAUAUUUACAUAGAUUGUAUAAAACCAAGCGAAUAAUUAUAGUAUUUAAGAUUACAGGGUAACAACUGUUCCGACUAACCUAUUGAACUCAACUAAAAUGCUAAGCAAUUUACCAUGUUUAACCCACUAUUGUCUGACACAAAAGUUGUAUUGAGAAAGAGAUAGAGAAGUAGAGAUGAAAAGAGACGGAAGAAUCUUGUGCCAUGAAGCUGAGCGAAGAACGAACGAAUCUAAUGAAUCUGAAAGAAUCCUUAAGAGGAGAAGCCCACCCACAAAAUGAAAAAAAAGACAAAGGAACGAAAAGAACUUUAACUAGAAAAAUUGUGGUUUAAAUAUUUUUUGAUACACACCAUAUAUAAAUGUAUUUAUAUAUCUAUAUAUAUAUAUAUAUAUACCUAAUAAUUAUAUAGAUAAACGUAUUCCAUGUUAGUGCUUAAAUCUAAUUUAUUAUUUCUCGAUUUUCCACCCAUCUACCCCCCGUCCCCCAUUCCAUGAACAAUAAUUAACAAUGCUAAGUAACGUUUUUUUUUUUUUUGUAUUGUGGAGAAAAAGUCUAACUUGUAUAAUUAUAUAAGAAUGUUUUUUGCUCAAAGGCAAUUUUAGUUGUAAGUGACAAACACACACACACAUACACCCACGCUAACUGUUAUACAUGACACGCACACGCUCAAGCCUAAUACUGUUAUACUGUUAAAACUGUGUACUUUAUAUAGCCAUUAUAUACAUAAACCUAUAUAUAGGAUCGAAACGCUUUGCAAUUAACAGCUUCUAUAAGACACUUGAGCCAGGCCACUGUUAUACGAACGUAUGCCAUUAUAACAGUGGCUCCGCUCAAUCCCGAUCUAGCAUUUAAUUAUCUAUAUACAAAAAAAUAUGUGCGAUAUUUUUUAUAUGCCGUUAACGUAAUGUAAUGUGUUGUAUUUUGACUCCACUCCAACCUAUAACUACGUUUAUACGCCUGCCUAAUCAAAGUCUAAGAAAUAAUUCACAAUACCUUUAUAAUCUUGAGAACCGUUGAACAGAUAUAAUCAGUAUAGCAACAUUUUUCUACCCGUUUUGUAAAUAAGAUUACUAACUAGUACUAUUUUUGUUGCCUACUUAUUUGGGUAUCCGAAGGAUUUGUAUUUACAAACGAAGCAAGCUUGUGUAUGAACGUAGUAUAUGACAUCUUUGAUUUUAAUAUUAAAAUUUUUUUGUUAAUAAAACGUAAAACUUGGAAAAUAUAUAAACUGAAUACUUUUAAACUUUCAAGGAUUUAAAACAUCAUGAUAACUUAUAAGAUUAUAAUAUAAGCUUUUAGAAAAGGAUAUAUUGAACCCAUAGCGAAAUGAUAUUGAACUUAUUAUUAGGAUACUUUUUAAGCAAACAUAUUAAGACAAAAGUACAGUUGUGCAUGCGUGAGCCUAAACAUAUGGCCGGGACUGUGAGCAUAUAAAAAGUGGAACGAGUAGAGCAGUAAAGGACCCCGUUUACGAGGUCGUUGCUUGAUACACGCACAGAUACGGAAUUUGUCCCAGACCAUGGUCGGGAAAUCGAUGCAGGCCAACAGCCCAGGACAAUACGAAGAAUCUCUCGUUCUCUACCUCUAUAUGAAACAUGGCUUUUAAUUUCAUUAACAGUUACAGAGCUCUGCUAAAUCAGCUGUUGGCUGAGCGAAAGAGAUAGAGCAUACCAGGAUUCAAGGUCUACAUUUCUGUAUCCUAUAUAAUGAUAUAUAUUCGUGUAUAUAGAAAAAAUAUAUAUAUAUAGGAUGUGUAUCUGGUCAGGACACGAA